AUGGGAGUCGACAUCCGCCACAACAAAGACCGCAAGGUUCGGCGCAAGGAGCCCAAGAGCCAGGACAUCUACCUGAGGCUGUUGGUCAAGCUGUACAGGUUUCUGGCCAGAAGAACCAACUCCACUUUCAACCAAGUGGUGCUCAAGAGGUUGUUCAUGAGUCGCACCAACCGGCCUCCGCUGUCCCUUUCCCGGAUGAUCCGCAAGAUGAAGCUUCCUGGCCGGGAGGGCAAGACCGCCGUGGUUGUAGGGACGAUCACUGAUGACGUGAGAAUCCAGGAGGUGCCCAAACUGAAGGUGUGUGCCCUUCGCGUGAGCAGCCGUGCCCGGAGCCGCAUCCUCAAGGCUGGGGGCAAGAUUCUCACCUUCGACCAGCUGGCCCUGGACUCCCCCAAGGGCUGUGGCACUGUCCUGCUUUCUGGUCCUCGCAAGGGCCGAGAGGUGUACAGGCAUUUCGGCAAGGCCCCAGGAACCCCCCACAGCCACACCAAACCCUACGUGCGAUCCAAGGGCCGGAAGUUCGAGCGGGCAAGAGGCCGCCGGGCCAGCCGCGGCUACAAAAACUAA